AGAGAGAGAGAGAGAGAGAGAGAGAGAGAGAGAGAGAGAGAGAGAGAGACUGUAGGCUACGACAAAAACAGGAUGAUAAUGGAGUCGGGACGGCGGAGGAUAUCGGAUUUACAGCAAAGGACUGUUGGAAAUUGACAGAGGCUUGCUGUUGAUUUGGCGAGUUGUAUUUUUGUAUUUGAUUUGAUUGAAAUCUGCCUUGACCUUCCCAUUUGCCGAAGCGGUGGAGGCGAGCACCCCGCGAAUGCCUCGGAUGGAAAAUCGGGGUCCACCGCUGGCGCUAGGCAACAAGGCGCAUCUCUCCUCCGGAACGAUGAUAACGGGCAUGAUGAGGAACGCACUGGACUGAUGGAUGAGUUUGCAACGCGGCUUUAACGCCCCCCAUCCCCUCCCCGUCGACUGUGAAACAUAGAAUAUCCUUUUCAAUGGAUUCAUUGCUUCAUUUCUGGUGUAGCCUCGUGGAAAGGAAACAUUAAGACAGCAAUAUUAAUCCCUGGUCUUUGUAAAUUAUUCAUCGUUGAUACUGUAUGGUGUUUUUAUUGACGUGCGAUAGCAUUUCACUUGAUUGAUGUAUUGCCCCUCAGUGUUGUAAAAAAAAAUGGUCCCCAUAUGGUUUAGUUAGUGUAUGUUGGACCCUAUGAAAGACAGCAAGGCCCGCUUAAUGACAAUAACGCUGGAAAGAACAGGGGAUUCUCAAUUGGUAAUUAACAAAUGUUGGAUACAAGGGCUCAUUAAGCCACAGCAGGGCCACCAGACAUCUCCAAACCACAGCACAGCAUUCAGCCAUUGAGAGAGCGGUCCUUUCAGUGGGAAGAGAGGAAGAAAGAAAAAAGAAAAAAACAUGUUGCCUUCGCAAGAAGCCUCCAAGAUUUACCAUGACAACUACAUGCGCAACUCCCGCGCCAUCGGGGUGCUGUGGGCGAUCUUCACCAUUUGCUUCGCCAUCGUCAACGUGGUGGUGUUCAUCCAGCCCUACUGGAUCGGGGACAGCGUCAACACGCCGCAGGCUGGCUACUUCGGCCUCUUCCACCACUGUGUCGGCACCGGCUCGCCCAACCGGGAGCUCACGUGCGUGGGGAGCUUCUCCGACUUCAGCUCGAUCCCGUCCGGGGCUUUCAAGGCAGCGUCGGUGUUCGUCCUGAUGUCCAUGGUGCUGACCCUUAGCUGCAUCGCCUGCAUGAUGCUCUUCUUCUUCUGCAACACCUCCACGGUGUACAAGACCUGCGCCUGGAUGCAGCUCCUAUGUGGGGUAUGCUUGGUGCUGGGCUGCAUGAUCUUCCCGGACGGCUGGGAUGCAGAGGUGAUCCGGGACAUGUGCGGCGAGCAGACCGGGAAGUACUCCCUGGGCGACUGCUCCGUGCGCUGGGCCUACAUGCUGGCCAUCAUGGGCAUCCUCAACGCCCUCUUCCUCUCAUUUCUGGCCUUCGUUCUGGGCAACCGUCAGACCGACUUCUACCUAGACGACUUGCAGACGGACAAUAAGGAUUUUGCAGUGUCAAGGAUUGAGGUACGGGACAGACUAGAACCACGAUACGGAGUCCAGCGCCUUCACUGAGGGACCAUUCUCUUCAAUUUUCUCAUAUUUUCUUCAUGUUACCUUUUUUGUUGUUGCUUCUUUUCGCUCUUUCUCUGCUGUUUCUGUGCUUUCUCCUGCUUUCCUAUCCCAUGUUCUGUCCUCUCCUCUGUCCCCUUCCCAUCUUGCUCUGCUCGGUUCUGCCGGUCUUACUUUCCCUCCUCAAGACUUUUCUACUCUACUCUGUCCUCGGCUCACUCUGAUAAGGGUAAAGCCUUGCAUUGUAUAGCAUUCUAUUAUACAACUAAAUACAAUGGAUUGGAAAAACAUAUAUUUUCAAAAAUAAACCAUGUACAGUUUAAACUUUAGACUUUCUCAACAAAUAACUUUCUGAUAAAAAAACACACAAAAAAAUAAGUUCAUUUGCGUGGGGAAAAUGGAUCCUUCAGGUGAUGAACCGUAUUUCUAUGGCUCCAACAACACUCGUUUUCUAGAGCUCUGCUUAACUUUGGCCCCGUUUACACAAGCUUUCUUCAAAUCACGAUUUGAAAAUCUAUUGCAAUGCAAAGUGAGGUGUUGUCUCCGUGUAAACAGGUGAGAGUGGUUGCACAAGAAAUGUAGAAAACCGUUCUCAAAACCACCUGCAGAGUUAGCUUACACUACAUUUCUUAAGACAACGACUUGCAAAAGCGAUAGUAAGUCACCUGCUAAGCUCCUAUACGUUACCAGUCAUCAACCAAUAGAACGCAACGGGGGUGUCGUAUGCAAAUGUCUUUGAAACAUCGCCAUGCUGUGCCUACUGUUUAUUUUUACGUUUCCUAGCCCUGGCUGUUCUAUUAUAAAACACGUCGACUGGUAACCCACGGUGGCUACGUCUCUGCCCAUUGUCAGAGACGACGCAGACUCUGGUUGAGAUCCAAACCUUACCCCUGUAUGCGAGGACCAAUAUCAAGCAAGAUCUCACGUCCACGGCCCCUAUGGGAGCACAUUGUGCCCUUUGCGUAAACCUUUUUUUGAAUCUAGAAAGAAUCUAGAUUAAAAAAAAAUCUGUUGAAGAAUCAAUGAAGAUUUUUUCCCUUGUGUAAACAGGGCCUUUGUUUGUAUACAGAAGAGCUUGCAUGCUCUCAGAUUAGGUUACAAUCCCUUUGGUUGUAGCCUUUUCCCUGUCUGGGUGGGUCAAAGAGGCUGACGGCAACGGCAGCACCAUGGCCUCCAAAUGAAAUACAAGAUACCGUCUCAGAGUCUUCUUAAGGAAAUCCCCCCACCAGCCAGGCAUGUGCGAUUCUCUGCUUUACAUACCUAGCAAAAUGUAUUUAGUGAGUUUGCUAACAAAACACCUCAAAAGAAAAACUUGACGUGAGGAAUUUGAGUUUAUGCCCUGAUUUCUUGGCAUCGGCAUUGUCGGCAGAGCUGUGCUUUGUGUGCGUGCAGAACCAAUUUUGUGUUUGUGGUUCCAAGGUUACCUGAAAAAUGUUGUGUCAAAGGGGAUAUUAAACAGAUAAACAUAUAUGACUUAACACAUUUUGAGAGGGAUUGAAAAUUGCAAUUUUUUGUGUAAAAAUCCCAAUUACUGGAGUUUCAUAAUUCCAAUAAUUGGGAAAAAUAGAAGUUCUUAUGUACCUUUGUUGCUCAAGUUCAAUGGGAUGAUUUUAUUUUAAACAAAACCCUUAAUAAAACUACCUUGGAUUCAUCCCCAAUUACUAGGAUCUGGAACUGGAAAAGCUUUGUCAUUUCUAAAGAAAUGUAACGGCUUUCAUAAAUUGAAUGCAUUUUCAAUAAUCUAAGUUCUACCUUAAACACGAUGUCUGGACAGUGAAUAUUUCUACUGCUGUAUUGUUGAUGUUUCUGACCCUCAUGACUUUGGAAGUAACAGAGUAAAUAUGUUGCCUGUUGCCUCAGCUAGCUAUAACCUUCUGGCCGAUAAAUUCACUCCAAAAGCCUGAUUUCUUAGUGUCAGGGUUGACUUUUUAUUUUAUAUUUGGGAUAAGACAGUCUCAGUAAUCCCAACAAGUAAUAAUGCUGAUUCUCACAGUUUUUGCAGAAAAACGAUUUUGCAGUCACAUUGGUCGGCGGACCUCAAGAGUUUAUCUUAAUAUUGCGCCUGAGAUGAUGCCAAUAUCCUAAUUGACUGUUAUCCAUGGCAGUAGUUACUAUUAAGGAAUUGAAUUGGUCAAAUAUUAGCAUGCUUGGCUGCAAUGCCAACUUAAACAAGGGUCGAAAACAGUCCCUUUUUUGUAUUCCGGUUGGUAUUGUAACAGUCAACUUUGAAUACAGAUGAAACCCAUAUGACCUUUAUUAUGAUCAUUCUUGACCACAGGGAAAGCUGGAAGAUCAUGCCAUGUCAUCAUGCCAUUAAAUGUCAACAUGAUUCGACAUAAGUGUAUCUGUCUUAAGAGUGGAGAGCAGUUCACCCUACUGCUCCUGACAGUCACCCAGCACGACACAUGGGAUUUUACGCUUGUCUUUUGGAUUUGACCAUCAUAUAACUAUUAGUUACACCGUACGACGCAUGGAAUGCAUGUUUCAGAUCAUUCCAGACUCUGGUGUCCCGUCGCCGGUCCCAACCAAUCCAUAUGUUCUAAAUGUCAAAUGAGCGGAUAGCUAGAUGUGCUAGCUAACUCUCAGGAAGCUGUUUAUACAGUAUUGUAUUAAAGGUGCAUUCAGUCACAACAAAUGAUCUUCUAGGACAUCUAAAGUUAUCUGUUGUUAUGAUUAUCAUUAUUCCGUUUUGUUUACAAAGUGCCACAUGGAUGUAUUCAUGAUUUGACGGCUAGCUUCUCCCUAGCGGAACUGGGAACCCUUGAGGUGACGAUGGAAGUGUUAUCCCUAUGGAGGACUAGAUGGAGGUCAUGAUGUUUACCCCUAUGUGCCAGUGUGGUUGCUGGUCUCCUUUACAGGUUGUUCCUAAGGACUUCAGAACAAAGUGAACAGUAUAAGAAAUGAACUGACUUAACCCCAAUGAGCACAUAUUUGUACCACUGUUGGUGCCUCUAAGAACUGAAGGUGGUGCAGUACCAGCAAAGUAGUGACGACUGUAGUAUUUUUACUAAUCAGACUAUAUAUUCUCAAUUCGCUGUGUUUAAAAAUGGUAAUUGAAAAUGUUUAUAGGAAGUUUAUUGAACAAUUUGAACUGAAUAACAAGUCCGAGAUUAUUAUUAUUAUCAGGCCUGUUAUAAUUACCAUCGUCAUUUGAAUUUUGUAUUAAUUAAAAUCAAAAAAACAUUUCGCCCUGUUUGGAAAUAAAACCUACCAUUUCUUUUUGUAUUUUGACAUCCAUUCGUAAAAAACAACAAAAAACCUACAAACAUGGAAGCUGUGUCUGAGAAUAACAAAAAGACAUAUGGACUAGAUCCAACGGUGAGAAAAGGACAGAGUUUUUGAGAAAUCACACUCCAUCAACAAUUAUUUGUUGACUAUGGAAAUGUCAUCAUUUCUGAUGUUCAUUAUUUUAUUCAUCGUUCCAAUCAUGCAAUACAUAUAACUAAUGGAUAAACAUGGAUAUGUUAUAUAUAUAUAUAUAUAUUGGAUAUAUAUAAAUAUGCAUAACUAUAUAUAAAUAUUUAUAACUAUAUAUAUAUACAUUUAUAAAAAUAUAUAUAGCUAUUUAUAAAUAUAUAUAAAAAUAAUAAUACUGUUGGUGGACGGGUGCGAAGUCACAAUAUUUUUAAUGUAUAGAUUUUAAUGUUAUGAUAAUAGUUGACUUUUUCCUAUGUAUUGUUGCCAAAAUAUCAUCUACUAUCAUGCGUCGCCAUGAGAAAUGUUUUGUUUUUGUAUAACAAGAAUGAUAUCCUGAUAUUUGUCAAGUAUUUCUGAGGAAAUCUUAAGUGUUUUAUGUGUUAUGAAGACAUUUUUGACAGUUUUUGUUACUUUUAAUGUAAUUUGGUUGAGCAGUAUUUAGUUUGUUGUUCUGUUACAUCAGACGUUACAUUGGCGUUUCUAUGAUGACUCCCUAAUGAAAGUGUUUAACGUCUAUUUAUAUAAUUGCUUGAUAGAGAGAAGACACUGAAAGACUGAAAAAGCCUGUGCAGCAUUUCAUUGGAUGAUUAAGAGUUAACAGUUUUCAUUUGAAACUUAAGUGUAAUUUAACUAAAUUUGUGAAUAAUAUUCCAACUCAUUACAAUACAUUACAAUUUCCUUUAUUGCCAAACAUUUUGAGAAGAUCUAAUAAAGAUAUUUUACAUUGAAA